AUGGGCCCGCCGAAGCAUGCGCCGCUCGUGUUCCCGCGCGACCGGUGGCCCACCAAGUCGUACUUCCCGCCCCGCGGCCUGGCGCGCGCCACGGCCGAGACCCGCGUCCGGUUCGCGGCGCAGCAGGCCAGCCGCAAGCUAGCGCGCGCCCUGGCACAUGCGGACGGGCCCGCCGAUGCGGCCGACUUUGACAUGGGCGUCGUCGACGCCGUGCUGCAGCUGCUCGACCAGGCCCGCACCCGGUGCGUCGACACGCAGACGGCCCUCACGGACAGCGUCGCAGCAUGGCACGUGUGGCUGCGCGAGGCGUCUGCCGCGGUCGCAGAGAUUGGCAAGGAGACUAUGGAGCAGGCGCCCGGCUGUGCCCAGUUUGUCAACACUGUCCUCGCCCCGGAGGAGAUGCAGCGCCGGUCCGACCUCGUUAUCUCCUGCAUCAACCAAGUGUGGCGGAUCGGCGACACGCGCGUGUCGUACAGUCCACCGCCCAUGACACCCGCAGUGCGUGCGGUGCUCGCGCGGUACGGGCCGGGGGACAUGGAGAAGAGCCUCGUGCGGCCCACUGUCGUCAUGGACGUCCACGGCAGUCAGCUGCGGACCGUCUACAUCGGGUGGGACGGCCAGCAAGUCGACAGCAACGAUCCGCGCGUACACGCCCUGAUGGGCGACGCUGCCGGGCCCGAACCGUAG